AUCAAACUAUAGAUAAUGGUCAACAAAACGUUAUUGUUUUUAGAAAAAAGUGACUCAUUAUUCUGUUAUCACUCCGUGCGUUUUGUUCCACGUGAUUAAUUCAAAAUAAAUAAACAAAAUAAGCUUUUUAGCAAUCUUCAACAAUAUUCGAUUUCAUUCACAAAAUGGGUAUCAGAUUUGAAAUUCUCUUCGAAGAAAAUGCGAACGGAACGUAUUUUACGGGUCAAGUAGUGAAAGGUCGAGCUAUAAUACACGUGGAUCAGGAGAUUCCAAUUAAAGGAGUUCAGUUGCGAGUACGAGGAAAUGCAAGAGUUAGAUGGGAAGAAGAUGACGCUGAUGGAAAAUCAUCAGAUACACAUUUUGACGAAGAAAAAUACUUCGAUACGGUUACAGAAUGCAUUGAUACAAAAGGUCAUGAACAAAUUCUCAACUCUGGGACACAUGUCUUCAAUUUUGAAUGUGCUCUGCCAUCAGAAUGUCCUUCAUCAUUUGAAGGCCGUUAUGGCCGAAUACGUUAUGAUACAAAAAUAAUUAUUAUACGUCCGCUGGCGUUUAACAAAUCCUAUUCAAUGGGAUUUAGUGUACUGAAAGUUUUUGAUUUAAAUCAAUACCCCGAAUUGAGAAUUCCAGCAAAAAUGGAAGAAUUUAAAAAUUUCUGCUGUGGACCAUGUAAAUCAAGACCUCUAGUCCUUUCAUUAGAAAUUCAAAAAACCAGCUACGUUCCUGGAGAAUUUAUCGAAUUUAAAACAAAAUUCGUAAAUAACAGCAGCACAAAAGUAGAGCAAUUGUAUGUAACUUUGAACCUUGUUGCUUUAUACUCAGUAAGACAUCGUAUUAAUACAAAAACUGAAAAAAUUCAUAUUGCUAAAAAAAAGUAUGGAGCAUUUGACAAAGACAUAUUUGAGGUAAAAGAAAAUUUUCAAGUGCCACCAACUCCUCCAACUUGCAUUGGACUUUGUCCAAUUAUUAAAAUAUCAUACGAAGUUGCUGUUACGGCAAAAGUAAAAGGAGCGCAUUUAAAUCCAAUUGUUGUAAUUCCAGUAAUAAUUGGUAAUAUUCCUUAUGUUGAACAGUCAGCUAAUUUAUCUGAGAAAAAUUUAAUUGCAAAUUUGACCAAGGGUGUAGCACCUGUACCCUGCAUUGAUGCGGAAAUUUCUCCACCAUCUUAUGAAGAAGCAACUUAUGUACAAAAUAUUCCAACUGCACCACCUAAUCUUGAGAAUACAACUCAAACAGAUAAGACUAAGGAAAAGUUUACUCCGAGAUAUGCAUUUUAUAGCAUAGACUCUUAACAAAAUAUUGGAAAUAAGAAAAGAAAAAACCGAUUAAGAUUAUUUAUUAUUAAGUCUAGAAAAAUAAGAUGCAUAUAUGUUUUUUUUUUUUUGUUUAAUAUACGCUUAUAUAAUACUAAUACUGUAGUCGGGAAAUUUUCGUUUCCGAC